AUGAUUAUAAAACAUUCGACACGUGAACGCUAUAUGUUUAUGCGUUAUAUGUCAACUAGGAAUUUUAAUAAUAAUUUAUGUAAUUAUUUUUACUACUGGUUAGGAUAUAAAAUAACACAUUUUGUGACUAGCAAUGAAGAGUUUAAUUCAAUUUUUUCCCAAUGUUAUGAAUUACUAUUUUUAAAUGAUAAAACUGUUAAUUUGAACAGAAUAAAAUACAUUCAAAGAGCAGUUUCUGCGCACAAUGAUAUAAACAGAGAGUGUACAACUACAAACAAAAAUGAUUAUUGUUAUAUAUAUCAGAAAAUUAAGACUGGAUUUCCAAAUAUAACAAAAAAAUUAAGUAUACUAAAAUGUAAAGAAGAUAUAGCACCACAAAUAGAAUCACCCUUGGAUAGAGAUCACAAAUCCGAAGAUUUAUUAGGAUCAGAAAAUAUGUUACUUCCUUCUGGUGAAACUCGAUAUGCGUCAUAUAAAUAUAUAUACAUUACACUUUUACCUGUCUUGGCUGUAUCUUUUAUGUUACCCUUUUCAAGCAAGUUUAGUCCAAUUGUCAAAUGGAUAAAUAAAUUAUUCAGAAAUAAUGAUAAUUUGUGGUGUAAAGUAAAAGAAUCAUGGAGAGAAAGAUUUGGAGAAAGUUUUUUUGAAUCUUCUGCACGAUAUUAUGAUAGUUAUAUUUUUAAAAUACCAUAUUUCACCGAAUAG